CGACCCUUCAAAUCGCUUGGGCUCUUUAAGCUCAGCAUCUUCCUUUUCUUUCUUUCUCCAGCAUUGGAUGAUAAGUCCAAUUCUUGUUCAUUCUCUUUAGUCGUCGCCCACCAUGAGUUCCCUCCGUUUCCUUGACCUGGUCAAGCCGUUCGUGCCGUUCCUCCCAGAGGUUCAGCAGCCGGAGACCAAGAUUCCCUUCAACCAGAAGCUUAUGUGGACGGCCCUCACCCUCCUCAUCUUCCUGGUCAUGAGCCAGAUGCCUCUCUACGGUAUCGUCUCCUCCGACAACUCGGAUCCUCUAUACUGGCUGCGAAUGGUUAUCGCGAGUAACCGUGGUACUCUGAUGGAGUUGGGUAUCACCCCCAUCAUCUCCUCUGGCAUGGUUUUCCAGCUCCUCGCUGGCACCCACAUGAUCGACGUCAACCUUGACCUCAAGUCCGACCGAGAGCUUUACCAGACCGCCCAGAAGCUUCUGGCUUUCAUCCUCUCCGCCGGUACCGCCACUGUCUACGUCUUCUCCGGUCUCUACGGACCUCCCUCCGACCUUGGUGCUGGUAUCGUCUUCCUUCUGAUCCUCCAGCUGGUUGUUGCCGGUAUGAUCGUUAUCCUCCUCGACGAGUUGCUCCAAAAGGGCUACGGUCUGGGCAGCGGUAUCUCUCUGUUCAUCGCCACCAACAUCUGCGAGUCCAUCAUGUGGAAGGCUUUCUCUCCCACCACUAUCAACACUGGCCGUGGUCCCGAGUUUGAGGGUGCUGUUAUUGCCCUCUUCCACCUCCUCUUCACCUGGCCCAACAAGCAGCGAGCUCUCCAGGAGGCUUUCUACCGCCAGAACCUCCCCAACAUCAUGAACCUUCUGGCCACCAUUGCCGUCUUCGCCGCUGUCAUCUACCUCCAGGGUUUCCGUGUCGAGAUCCCCGUCAAGUCUUCUCGCCAGCGUGGUGCUCGUGGUUCUUACCCCGUCCGCCUGUUCUACACCUCCAACAUGCCCAUCAUGCUGCAGUCCGCUCUCUCUUCCAACGUCUUCCUUAUCAGCCAGAUGCUCUACUCUCGCUUCUCUGAGAACCUCCUCGUCCGUCUUUUCGGUGUCUGGGAGGCCAAGGAUGGUUCUUCUCAGCUCCACGCUGCUUCCGGUCUCGUCUACUACAUGUCUCCUCCCCAGAGCAUGAAGGACGCCCUUCUCGACCCCAUCCACAUGAGUGCCUACAUCAUCUACAUGCUCGGUGCUUGUGCUCUCUUCUCCAAGACUUGGAUCGAGGUUUCCGGCUCCAGCCCUCGUGAUGUUGCCAAGCAGCUCAAGGACCAGGGUCUCGUUAUGGCCGGUCACCGUGACCAGUCCAUGUACAAGGAGCUCAAGCGCAUCAUUCCUACUGCCGCCGCUUUCGGUGGUGCUUGCAUUGGUGCCCUCUCUGUCACCAGCGACCUUCUCGGUGCUCUUGGCUCAGGUACCGGUACUCUCCUUGCUGUCACUAUUAUCUACGGCUACUUUGAAAUCGCCGCUAAGGAGGGUGAUAUGUCCGGUAUGAAGGGCAUGAUCAUGGGCUAAAAGCCUUCGAAACGAACGAACGAGUGGCACGAUUGAUUCAGCCUCGACGUUGGAGCCCGUUAAAGACGGGCGUAUUAUGUAUCAACAGUAAAGAGGAUGAGAAAGAUAAAAUAGUUAACAUGUUUUUUUGUUUCCUUGCCACAAGCCGGAGGAGUCGGGAAGUGAUGUCAAUUGGUUGGAACGGGUAUUGGGGCAGUGAUUAAUAUCUGCCGUGUCAAUAUUACAAAAAUAGCUCAAGAGCUGUCAUGAUGGGUUAGUUGGAGAGGAGCGUCAUGUCUCGAGGCCACAUGGAAGGCCCGAGCAUGAAGUAUGUAACUCGAGAAUGAUCAUGAAUGACAUAUUUAAUGCCACAAC